AUGUUUUUUAAUUUGAUUAGUUGUGUAAUUUUAUUAUCUGAUCAAAAUGAUUAUGAUAAUUCUAGUUUCAAUAAGAAGAUUUGUUUAUCUAAUAAAAGUUUAAUUAAAAAGUAUAAAUUAACUAUAAAAAGUGUCUUUGAUGAUUAUUUUGAAAAAGAGAUAUGUUGUUGUUUAGAUAUUAUCGAUGAGUUAUGUGAAAAUAACUCUUCAUAUUACAAAUCAGAAUUAGAUUCUUAUUUAAGAUAUUACUUUAAAGAGUUUCUUAUUCUACCUGUAUACAGAGAAAUAGAUAAAAAUUUUAAUUUUUUUACAAAUGUAAUAUACUUUGAAAAAAUUCAUAGAAAAUUUGAUUUAAUUUUUAAAGACAUGGAAGAAAUUUUUUUAAUUGAAUUUUUACUUUACGUUUCAUUAAUUAAACAUGAAGAUUUUGAUCAUUUAAACAAUGAAAGUUUAAAUAUUUUAAUUGAUCUCAUCAUUAAUAAAAGUAAAAAUAAUUUUUAUUUAUAUAAAUAUGAAUUUUUACAUAAAAUAAAAGAACAUAUCAACAUUCUACAAAAUGAUCAUUUAAAAACAAUUUCAGAAUAA